GCUUUGGUUCCCCAAAACAGCCAAAAGCAGCGGGAUGCAGCAUUUGCAAGUUUGGCCUACGCCUCAAAGCUCUGGAUCGCACUGUGUAUAAAUGUUCAUGUUACGUGUCGCCGGAGAUAAUGAGGAUCGUUAUUGUGCUGUCACUGCUGCUGCUGAGCACACACCAUGCCAUAUCAGCACCCAAAGGCGUCACUGCCAGUCUAAAAGCAAAGUGGAACAUGACGCCUUUCCUUCUGGAGACAAGCGAGUUUAUUGGAGAAGAUGGAAAUGAGAAAUUCUGGCAAUUUGUUGACACAGUGAAAGAGCUCACAGUAUACAAGCAAGGAGAGUCUGUGCGCUCGUACUACAACCUGAUCCUGAAGAAGGCUGGCCAGUUCCUCACAGAUCUUCAGGUUAAUCUCCUCAGAUUUGCUCUGGCCCUACGGUCAUACUCACCAGCUGUUCAUGCAUCCCAGCAGAUAGCCAGUGAUGAGCCUCCGCCUGAGGCUUGCUCUGCCUUUGUCUCCAUCCACGGUCAACAUAGCUGCAGUACCAAGGACAUCAAGAAGCUCCUGAAGGCAGCUGCAGGCAGGCCAAGACCGUAUUUAUACAAGAAUGAUCACACAUAUCCAGGGGUUAAUAAAACAGAUGUACCAGUUGUGAUCCUCUAUGCCGAGAUUGGAACCAAGAAGUUCACAGCAUUUCAUAAGGUGCUGUCAGACAAGGCUGGAGAGGGCACACUUGUUUAUGUGCUGCGGCAUUUUGUAGCGCAUCCAAAGCCUCAAAAGAUGCUUUUAUCCGGGUAUGGUGUUGAGCUGGCGAUCAAAAGCACAGAAUACAAAGCUGUGGAUGACACUAAAGUAAAAGAUUCAAAGACAAUCACAAAUGCUGAGGAUGAUAAUAAUGAUGAAGUCCAAGGCUUCGUUUUUGGAACUUUAAAGAAAUCUCACCCUGAACUUCAGGAGCAACUCACUGAGCUUCGGAAACAUCUCCUGGAUAGUACCAAUGACAUGGUCCCUCUCAAAGUGUGGGAAAUGCAAGAUCUGAGCAUCCAGGCAGCUGCCAGAAUCAUGUCCGUGCCAAAGUUUGAUGCUUUGAAGCUCAUGCGAGACCUCAGUCAGAACUUUCCGAGCAAAGCCAGAUCACUGACAAGAGUGGCCGUAAAGCAGGAAAUGAGAAAAGAAAUUGAGGAGAACCAAAAGCGCCUCAGUGAGACCAUUGGUGUUCACCCGGGAGACGGGGAGCUGUUCAUCAAUGGACUGCACAUUGAUCUGGACAUUCACAACCCUUUCAGUAUUUUAGACAUCCUCAGAGGCGAGGCCAGGGUCCUAGAAGGGCUUCAUAACCUAGGUAUAAAAGGAGAACAUCAGGGCAAGCUGCUGAGGUUGCCUGUGAACGCUGUGGAUGACAGCUAUGCCUUAGAUAUCAGACAUCCAGCCAUAAUGUGGAUAAAUGACAUAGAGAAUGACCCUAUGUACCGCAGCUGGCCCACAGGUGUACAGGAGCUCCUCAGGGCGACCUUUCCUGGUGUCAUUCGACAAAUCCGACGCAAUUUCUUCAACCUUGUGCUAUUCCUGGAUCCAGUACAGGAAGAAAGUGUUGAGCUGGUGAAACUAGCAGAGCUUUUCUACAAACAUAAGAUCCCCCUGAGAAUUGGAUUUGUGUUUGUUGUCGACACCAAAGAUGAGAUUGAUGGCUUCUCAGAUGCAGGGGUUGGAUUUUACAGACUGCUGAAUUACAUCGCAGACGAGUACGAUUUAUCCCAGGCUCUGAUGUCCAUGGUCUCAUUGUACAACAAAGUAGACGUAGGGGAGACGCUGUCUGUUGAUACAAUCACUGCUUACUUGAAGAGAAAAUUCCCGAAAGCCAACGCUGAAAGGAUUCUCGGUGUAGAGUCCGAGUAUGAUGACAAAAGAAAGGAUGGUGCCCUCUUCUACAAACAGAGUGGUCUGGGUGCCCUGCCGCUGGCGUUAUUUAAUGGAGUCCCUCUGAGUACUGAUGAGAUGGACCCAGACGAGCUGGAAACCAUCAUCCUGCAGCGCAUAAUGGACACAACCACUGCCUUCCAGAGAGCUGCCUUCAUGGGUCAGUUGACUGAGGGCUCAGAUGUGGUGGACUAUCUGAUGGAGCAGGCCAAUGUGGUGCCAAGGAUGAACCCUCUAAUUCUUAGCACUGACCGGAAGUACCUCGACUUCACUGCCAAGCCAGUUGUAGAUGAUUGGGAGGACACGACUAUGUUUUCAUUCUUUGACUCCAGAGACAAAACAGCUGUGAUGGCCAAGAGAAUGAAGUACUUUACAAAUAAUGAUGAGGACGGGAUGAGUGCUGUGACCAUGUGGAUAGUUGGAGACUUUGAGAAGAUCUCAGGAAGAAAACUGUUGCUUAGUGCUCUAAAACAUGUGAAGGCCAGCCCUGGAGUGCGUGUUGGGGUGAUAGAUAACCCCAGCGGAAAGCCCAGCGAAGAUAACACUGUGCUGUACAGGGCUAUCUGGGCCUCUCUCCUCACACAGAAGAAUAAGGCUGCAGCAGAGUUUGUGCAAAAACUCCUGAAAGAGGAGAGCAGGCAGCUCCUUCAACGAGGGACCAAGAUGAAGAACUUACUAAUACAGGGCAUGGACGAAGAUGCAUUUGAGAAAAAGUUCAAUACACUGGAAGUGGAUUUUAUUCGAAGUCAGCAGCUGUUUUGUCGAGACGUCCUGAAACUGAGUCCUGGUCAACGAGCAGUGAUCAGCAACGGCAGGAUCCUUGGUCCAUUUGAAGAGCAGGAAGAAUUCACUGUGGAGGAUUUCCACCUGCUGGAGAAGAUUACGCUAAGCGGCUCUGCAGAGAAAGUCAAAGCCAAAGUUAAAAUGAUGGCGAUGAAGCCAAAGCACGCCAGUGACUUAGUCAUGAAAGUCGACGCCCUCCUCACUGCAGCCCCCAAAGGAGAGGUCAGGAGGGACGUCCACUUUAUCAAAGACAGUCACAGUGUGCUCCAUCUCCCCCCACGUGAAAACGAGGUGUUCUAUGAUGUUGUGGCCAUCGUUGACCCGCUCACUAGGGAGGCACAGAAGAUGUCCCCUCUACUGAUUGUGCUCAGUCAAGUGGUCAAUGUGAGACUGCAGGUGUUUAUGAAUUGCAGGGCCAAGUUGUCCGAGAUGCCUCUCAAGAGCUUUUACCGCUUUGUCUUGGAGUCUGAUGUGAAUUUCUUGGCCAAUGACACAGUGUCUCCAGGACCAGUCGCUCGCUUCAUGGACCUCCCGGAAUCUCCCCUUCUCACCCUUAAUAUGAUCACACCAGAGAGCUGGAUGGUGCAGGCUGUCCGCAGCCCCCAUGACUUGGAUAACAUCCACCUGCAGGAGGUGAGUGGGGUAGUGACAGCAGAGUACGAGCUGGAGCACCUCUUGCUGGAGGGCCACUGCUUUGAUCUGUCAACCGGCCAGCCUCCCCGUGGACUGCAGUUUACCCUGGGCAUGAGUCGCGACCCGCUCAUGUAUGACACUAUUGUCAUGGCUAACCUGGGAUAUUUCCAGCUGAAAGCCAAUCCUGGUGCCUGGAUCUUGAGAUUACGUAAAGGGAGAUCAGAAGACAUCUACCAGGUUCUCACGCAUGAUGGAACCGAUUCCCCUGCAGAUGCUGGUGAUGUCAUUGUUUUGCUCAACAGUUUCCACAGUAAGAUCAUCAAAGUCAGAGUGCAGAAAAAGGCUGAGAAGAUCAAUGAAGAUCUUUUAAGUGAAAAUAGCGAAAGCAAAGGCAUAUGGGACUCCAUAGCCAGGAGAUCUAAUUCCUCCCCUCGAUCCAGACUGCACUAUUAUGCUGUAAGAUCUAGUCUUGCAAAAAAUAUGUGCUUCUGUAGCAUCACAGGUGGCGGUGCCAAAAAGGACGAUGAAGAGAAGAAGAAAGAGGAUGUUCUAAACAUAUUUUCCGUGGCCUCGGGCCAUCUGUAUGAGCGCUUUCUGAGAAUAAUGAUGCUGUCCGUCCUUCGGCAUACAAAAACACCUGUCAAGUUCUGGUUCCUCAAGAAUUACCUCUCGCCAUCUUUCAAGGAAACCAUCUCUCACAUGGCAGAGUCAUAUGGCUUUCAGUAUGAACUGGUACAGUACAAAUGGCCUCGAUGGCUUCACCAGCAGACUGAGAAGCAGCGCAUUAUUUGGGGUUACAAGAUCCUCUUCCUGGAUGUUCUGUUCCCUUUGGCUGUGGACAAGAUCAUCUUUGUGGACGCCGAUCAGAUAGUUCGGGCUGACCUGAAGGAGUUGAGGGAUCUUGACCUGGAGGGUGCUCCUUAUGGCUACACUCCGUUUUGUGACAGCCGCAGAGAGAUGGAGGGCUAUCGCUUCUGGAAAACCGGCUACUGGGCCUCACAUCUCGGACACAGGAAAUAUCACAUCAGCGCUCUGUAUGUAGUAGAUUUAAAGAAGUUUAGGAAGAUUGCAGCUGGGGACAGAUUACGAGGACAGUACCAAGCAUUGAGCCAAGACCCCAACAGUCUGUCCAACUUGGACCAGGACCUUCCUAACAACAUGAUCCACCAGGUGGCCAUCAAGUCUCUUCCACAGGAGUGGCUUUGGUGUGAGACGUGGUGUGAUGACACCUCCAAAGUCACAGCCAAGACUAUAGACCUGUGCAAUAACCCAAAGACCAAGGAGCCCAAGUUAACGGCCGCAGCAAGGAUUGUACCUGAGUGGGUUGAAUAUGACAACGAGAUAAAACGGCUACUGAGGCGGGUCCAGGAACAGGAAGACACAGCAACACAAAAACAGAAUCCCUCUCCCUCACAACAUAACAAAGCAGACAACCGGCGUGAUGAACUUUAGUGUCUGCCAGCACCACGCUGAAGAGGAAGGAGGCAGCACCUGCGAAGCUUGAAGACAGACAGUUCCAUCUAAACUUAGCCUCGGAGCGUUGCAUCCUCAGCCGGGGAGAAGGAUGGGAUAUUUUCAGAGAUGCCAUAUCUGCUUCGGCAGUCAAUACGUCUUACUAAAUUAACACGUGAUGUAAAGUGUUAACUGCCAACUGUGAACUUGUGGUGUUGUAUCAGCACUACAGUCAGGUCCUGGUUAGCGUGUGGUUACCGGAGAAUGAAGUGAGAAGAGGAAGAAUAAUGAGGUGAGCUCAGUCACAGCACUCUUUUUCAGGUGUGUUUGAGGUAAAUUGUCAGCAUGAAUUGCACUGAUAAUGCUUGCAAAGAAUCAAAUGGAGAAGGCACAUGUCUAAGAAUCUAAUCUCACAGCUUGUUUUUUUUUUAUAUUUGUUAAUUAUGUUUCAAAAAGAGAAUAUCCUGAUUUGACUGAAAAGCCCAAACCAAAGUUGCGACUGACAUAAAGCUAAACUGCUUUUACAUUUCAUCACUUGCUGCUAAAUUGUGAUAUUACAACUUGGGGACUGUUUGAUUAUUAUUGGGUGUAAUUUUUAUUUUGGCUGAAGGGAGGGAAGUUUGACCUUUUGGCAGAGUAUGGGGGUAUCUCUUGAUUUUUUUAUAUUUUAUCUAUAUUAGUUCACCCUUCCCUUUUUAAGAUUUAUCUCAUUAAAAAGGGAUUUAAAGUUAGAUCAAAACGAAAGCUUUCUUGUGUGUUUUACAUGCAUCAUCAGGUCUGUGUCUGUGUUCAACCUUUACUUUCCUCAUCACCAUCAAACCAGCAGCUAAAAAAACACAAUACAUGUGUAUCAUAUUAGUUUUAAUGCCUUUGAGCUGGCCAUGGCCAGAGGCAUUUUGUUGUGAUAUCUGAAGAACACCUUGAGGGGAUUUCUUCAAAUUUGGCAAAAACGUCCAUUUGGACUCAAUGAACUGAUCGGAUUUUGCCGAUCAAAGGUUGAGGUCAUUGUGAACUUGUGUUUGUGUCAUUGUCAGGAAUGCAAUAUCUUCAGAGGCUUCUUUUUUUUUCAAAUUUGGCACAAACGUCCACUUGGACUUAAUGAUUAACCGAUUGGAUUUUAGAAGUCAAAGGUCAAUUUCACAGUGGCUUUACUUUUGUCUUAUUCUUGUGAACACAAUAUUAUAAAAACGCCUUGCGGAAAUUUCUUCAGUUUUGGCACAAGGACCCAUUUGAAAUCAAGGAUAAACUGAUUCAAACGUUUCAUUCUUGUGAAUGCAAUGUUUCUGGUUUAAUUCUACUUACUAAUUUAAUGUCUCUAAUAAACAGUGCAUUUUUUUACUAUCCUUUACAUUAGCUCUUUUAUUCUGAAUCUUAACAGAAAUCUGAACCAAAGUAAAGCUAAAUGUGCUCUGUGACAGUGGCUGUUUUCACCUCUGUGUGUUUGCCGUAAAUAUUUAUUUUUAAAUGAUGGGGGGAGAGUUUUUUUUUUUCAGUUUCAAAGGGAAGGUCCAACCCAAGGUAAGAAUAGUUGGGAAGUGUCUAACCUUUUUAUCAAAUCAAAAAUAGUCAGCCCCCCUCCAAAACCCAAUAAUUUUCCUACUGUCCCUGAGAAAAGCAGGUGGCAAAGAAAAUUUACCAUUUGCUAAACAGCGCCCCCUAACAGUGUCCAAUUGUUCAAUUGUAGCUUAGAAACCGUAGGAAGCAAAUGUUAAUGUGUAUAAUGUGUUCUAGAUGACUUUGGCUCAGCAGACCAGGUGAAACUUUAUAUUUGCCAAGUUGUGGAUCAAAAAAAUCCUCAUUUGCACACUGAAGAUCCUGGUUUAUGGGUUUACGAUUUUAACUUAUUACAGUAUGUUUACAUCUUGUGUACAUUUAGCAUCACUGCUUUAAAACCUCAGACAUCAUUUUUCAACCUUUGAAUCCCACAAUGAACCAGUGUUAUUGUCUCAGGAAUAAAAUGGGUGUUGUUGCUCGACCGAAGCCAACUGUAGUUUUUCUGUCUUAAAAGUCGAUAAAAAAAUGGGUGCAGGAAGUCUGCUCUCAGGACACCCAUCUCUCACUGUGCUGUGUCAAAUAGAAAUGUUUAUAUAACUGUCUGCUGGAGGAAAAAAUAAACCUUUGCUACAAAAACGUCAUUUCAAAA